CUCAGAGCAUGCGUGUGAAGCUAUAACUAGUGUUUAUUACAGGGUCGGGUCUCAAAGCUCUCUUCAAGAUGUCUGGGUUCUUUGAUAGCUUGCGAUGCUCUGAGUGUAUUGAUUGGGGCGAGAAGAGGAAUACAGUAGCUUCCAUCGGGGCUGGCGUUCUAUUCUUCACAGGUUGGUGGAUCAUCAUUGAUGCAGCUGUUAAAUAUCCCAGUACAGAUUCACUGAAUCAUUCAUACCAUGCAUGUGGGGUCAUAGCCACAGUUGCCUUUUUAAUGAUAAAUGCUGUGUCUAAUGGGCAAGUUCGUGGAGACAGCUACAGUGAAGGAUGCAUGGGGCAAACUGGUGCUCGUAUUUGGCUGUUCAUUGGUUUCAUGUUGGCCUUUGGUUCCCUGAUUGCAUCCAUGUGGAUUCUGUUUGGAGGUUAUGUAGCAAAAGGUAGCUCAGAGGUGUAUCCAGGAAUAGCUGUAUUUUUUCAGAAUGCUUUCAUUUUUUUUGGGGGGCUUGUAUUCAAGUUUGGCCGUACUGAAGAUUUAUGGCAGUAAAUUCAUGAAAACUGAGCAUCUUACACCGUCUUUUCUAAUGCACAUUCCUAACAAUAAUGUAUUGAGACAAAAAGCUCUGAUAUUUUAAAAGAGCAUAUAAAUACAUGUAAUAUUAACAAUAAACCUUACUUAAUAU